CCUUGGUCCUGCCGCCGCCACCGCCGGCUUGGCCGCCCGGCCGCCCCGCUCCUUCCUGCCCGCACCAUGGAGUUCACCCAGAGGAAGAGAAGCAGGAAAUCCCAAAGCUUUAAACUGAUUAACGAAGAUUACCAUCAUGAGAUAUAUAAGAUCUCUGACUACAGCAAUGAUGUUAAUGGGGAGACCAAAGAAACACAACCAGUUUUUUUAGGAGAUGAAAGCCGGGAAAUUAAAAAACAAAUUACAGGGAUGAGAAGAUUACUGAAUGACAGCACUGGAAGAAUCUAUCAACGAGUUGGCAAAGAAGGAGAAAAACUGAAGGAAGAGCCCCAAGAUUUAGACUUAGCCUGGGCCCAGCGCCUGAAUCCCGCUGCAGAGUCCCAGGCGAGCCUCCAUCCUUCACAGAGCGGUGCAUGGAAUGAAUUAUCACCCCAAGCUAGCCAUUUUUCAGGGCAAUAUGGAACCCGAUCCAAAACGUUCCAAAAUCAAACGCGAACCGUGGCAUCCAAUGGAGAAAUCCCAAUGGUGAAUUCAUCAGUUGGACCAAACUGCUGUACAUGUAAUUGCCAGUCAACCCUACAGGCUAUUCUUCAAGAGCUCAAGACCAUGCGAAAACUGAUGCAAAUUCAAGCAGUUGGGACUCAAACCAGACAGCAGUCUCCUGUUCCUCUGAUUUGCACGCAGAAGUCAACAAUAUCAAGAAAGAGAAAUAAAAAGAAAAAACUGCCCCUCAAAACUGUUGAACCAGUUACCAUGAAUAAGAAACCCAACACUGCAGAGAACGAGAAGAAGCUAUCAGCAAACUCGGAACGAUCGAGUCUGCAAGCAGUUGAACCCCCCCUAAAACCAGAAACCCCUGUUUCAGGAUUUGGAAUUAUCCUUGAAUCAGCUUCAUCAGAUCCAGAAGUGCAACUUGCAGAAGGCUUUGACGUCUUCAUGCCGAAAUCUCAGCUGGACUCUAUAUUAUCAAACUAUACUCGCUCAGGAAGUCUGCUUUUUAGGAAGCUGGUCUGUGCAUUUUUUGAUGACAAGACUUUGGCUAACUCUUUACCAAAUGGCAAAAGGAAAAGAGGGCUCAAUGACAACCGGAAAGGACUAGACCAAAAUAUUGUGGGUGCAAUAAAAGUCUUUACAGAAAAAUACUGCACUGCUAACCAUGUGGAUAAACUUCCUGGUCCUAGGGACUGGGUCCAGAUUCUUCAGGAUCAAAUUAAACUUGCAAGAAGAAGAUUAAAAAGAGGUUUGGCAGAGGCAACUGACUGUGAUGAGAAGCCGGACAUUUCUCUACUACAAACAGGUAACCUUUUUGACACCACGACAGACCAUGUGAUAGAUGCAAACCCAGAUUUUUCAGCUUGAAUUUCACAUCCUGCAUCAGCGUCCUUAGCGGAUAGAAACAUCCUCUCCUUCGAAUAAUGUUCCCGCAAGGUCGGCGUGAGAACCUCAGCAUACCACAAGACGUGACAUCCAUACCGUUGUCCCUUCGAGUUUGUGUUGUUUCAUGCAUUUUCUGUGUAACCUCAAAUAACGAAACCGCCAGAUUGCUUCACGAUGAUUUCCCUCCGUACCCAAUGCAUUAUUUAAUUAGCGGGGUAUCCACUCAGAAGACAUUCUCUUGCCUUUGUUUUUCCUCCAUGACUCUGUUUUUCCACGUGAUUGUGUGCUUGCCAGUACUGUUUCAGCUUAAGCCACGCAGAGGCGAAUACACAGUCGGGUGACUCUUCCCGUCCCUGGGAGCAAGGUUGGCAUCUCUCCCCAUCACGAGCCCCAGGGACUGGAUGAGCAUUUGACUUGUUGGAGCUCUUUGCUUGUGCAGACCCACGUUUCCUUUCCUGGCUGCCGUGGUAUCAAUGACCAGCCGUACGCAGCUGUGAUUAAAAAGUCCUGGCUGGAUUUAGCAGGAAACAAAAUGGGAUUCCUCCCAGCAGUGCCCAGGUUCCUAAUCAUAGCAAGGAGAAGCUAUUCCUCAAACCAUGUCCCCUUCAUGGUCCGAGUGGGGUGGCUCUUGAGCAUCUUUGCCAUGCAGAUCACUGGAAAUGAUCAUUCUCCCCUCAUUUCCCCACCGAGCUCGCCCUACCGCCUCCAUCUCAAAACGUCUUAGUUUGCCCAUUUCCAGGAAGAGGGUCUGCACACUGUGAUUUUUCAUCCGCUGCCCUUGGCGACAAUAUUCACCUAUUUUUAAGGGAAAAAAAAGGCACCUUUUGACUGGCACUCUAUUGGUAUCCCAGCAGUUAAGAUGAGUGAAUCGAUCAAGAAAUUGCACUACCCUCUUAGACAUUGAAAGGGUCGGUCCUUUCAGGUCAGGGCUAAGGUAAAAUCGUACGCGGUCCAUGCAAACCUUUGCUUCUGCACCUUUCAUCAGCACUAAAUUCACUUUAAAAAUGUCGGGAAAAAGUCUAGAAGGUCUUAACUGCAACAUCUAUCGAUCACCAGGCAGUUUGAGCCUGUUUCCUGCAAUUGGAGGGAGAGCUUGCUAGAGCCUUUACCAUUGUGUUUCCUUUCCCUGCGUAUAUUUUAGGUGCAUCUUUUUUUCUUUGGAAACUAUUUGGCCUUUGAGUGUCUCAACAGAAGUGCUAUUACAGAGUGGGGUGGUUUUCAAAAUACUUAAUCUCUUUUUUUAACAAUCCCAAAGCCUGUUUUCUCAGGCGUCGCUGAAUGCCCACAAUGAGGCCAAAGCCAAAAGGGAGCUCUUUGUUCUCUCGGCACCUGAGAAACCAGGCUCCCAGCCCUUUCCCAGCCACCUGCUGUGGACUUUUAGGAAUGACCAUGUUCUCUCUGAAACUGUGGAAUAGAUCGAAUGUGCACUGCAAACCUUAAAAUUUGAGUCUUUCCUUCCUUCGUGGCUUGAAGGUGCCUGCACUGGGCAGGGGGCACCGGUCCAUCGUGUCCAUAUCGGAACUCUUCAGCAAAGGAAUCAGCAUUUUGUAAAUUUGGAAGAUUGCAUUUGUGUUUACUUACUGUGACUACUGUUCAGACUUUCUUCAGAAAUCUUUUUAUAGGGUUUAUUAGAGAGAAGAAAAAAAAUCAUUCCAUAUUUAGGUAAAAAUGUCUCAAUCUUCUGUAUAUAUGUUUUAUUAAUAUGUAAAUAUUUAGAUAUUUUUAAAUUACUAUGUUCUUAAUAAAGCAACAAGGGACUAGUUGUGAAAUGGUGUAUAACAUUGUGUCGUGUUAUCGAUCUCUGGGAAACCCUCUUUGUCAGUCCAGAAAAGAAAACCUACAAUAAAUAACUUUAAUUGCACGUG